AUGAAUUGCCUUAGGAAUCUAUAAAACAGCAAUCCUGCUAAUAGAAAAGAAAGUCUUGACUACAGUCCUAUAAAUGAAAAAAAAUCUAACUCUUAAAAUGUAGAGAGCUAAAAAUACCUUUCUCCCUAACAGCUAGGGUAAAGCUAUUCUACUUAGCCCAGUUUUAGAAGUCCUAUGAGCGGUGAGAACAGCAGUUGCUGCUAAAACUAAUAAUAAAUCAGUUUUGUAUAGCAAGCACAUCCGUCUCUUCCUUGUUUUGAAGAAGAAUUUGAAUAUUCGCCUGCUGAGGGUAUUUGUACUCCCUAAAAUGGAAAUAAUAAAGAUAGCACUACUAAAUAAUUAUGCGAAUAAGCAUCUUCCUUUUCUUAGAAAUCAGAAUACUCCAUACAGCUCUUCAACUAGUAAACAUUAUUUAACUUUUUACAAAAAAUGAGAUUUUAAUUCAGCAUCUUAAUGCUAAAAUCCUCACAUAAUUCUAAAGCUUAUGAACGAUAUUUCUAUUUAAAAAAUGAAUUAAAGUUAUAAUCUUUAAUGAUAUUAAAAAAUUUUUCUCUUUUAAAUCUUAAUGAUUCAAUGAAUAAAUAUGUGAGUUGUAUGAGUAUUUUAUUUAAUAUGAAAAUAUUUAAUAUUAGGUUGAGUGAAUAAUUCAGUAAUAUAAGCUUAGAAGAUCAAACAAUAGGAAGUCCCUUGUAAAACAACAGCUCAUACUUUUAAGAAAAAUCUCAGAAUAGUGAAUAGAAUUUUUACAAUAUGAGUGACACAUUUUUAAAUAGUACACAGAAUAGCAAGACUCCUUAUGGAAUUAGAAAUUAAUAUAUAGAAAACCCAGAUAUUGAGUUCUUUUUGAAGAAAGGAAUUAUGAGUGCUCGCUAUACUAAUUCUAAUGCUUUUGUCAAAAGAAACGACCAAUAAUCUACACCUAAAGAUCAGGAUGGAAUGGAAGAGAGUUUUGAUGAGAUUAUUACUAAGUUUGAUGAAGCAUUGGAAGUUUCAGAUUUUACUCAGAAGGUAAAAUAAGAUGAUUUGGUGAUGCAAAUUCCUUUGUAAACUCCUAAAAGUCAAAGAAAAUUAAAGGAAGAUGACUGGAAAGAAAAUUUUAGUUCUCCUGAGAGAUUGAGUCUUUAGACAAGCUUAUUUAGUAAAAAUAAAACAUAAUUUGAUAAUUAACUUUGCACUCUAUCAAAUAAUAAUUAAGCCAUUCCUAGCAUUUGGAAAAGCUCUAAGUAGAAAUUCAAUAAAAAAAAAUCUGAUCGUUUUAUUCCUAAUCGUAAAACAUCAAAGUUAUCUAUUGCACUCACAUCUGCGCAUGAAAUUAAAGAUGAAAAUGAAAACAAGAAUUUCUUUAAAGGCGAAUUUUACGAUAAGUAAUCUUAAGUUUCUAUUGAAGAACUCUAUAAAUCUCACAUUUUGGGAAUAUCAAACAAUAAUUAAAAAACUCCCUUCGGUAUUUCGUCUUCUUAAUUUUCACAAUAUUUUGCAAACCAUGGAAGUGCCAUGAUUCCACCAAGAUAUGUAAACAAUUCUUCCUAAGAAGUAGAGCGCUCAAAUAAUACUCCCCACUUACCAAUUUACUUAAACCAAGACGAAAAUGAAGUGUCUCAAACAAUUCAGAGCUUCUCUAAUUAAAAUAUUUUAAGAUUUAAGGAUUCUCCUUAGAAGAACAAAUAAGAUAUUGGAAAGUUCCUACCUGAAUAUUCUAACAAGUAUAGCUUAAUUGAUAAUUAAAACUCUUGCAUAUUUGAUUUUAAGAGAAAAGAAACUCGUAAAAUAAACAAAAUUCCUUUUAAAGUUUUGGAUGCACCAUCACUAUAAGACGACUUUUAUCUAAACCUAGUAGAUUGGUCUAGCACUAACAUUUUAGCUGUUGCUUUAGGUUCUUGCGUUUAUCUGUGGAAGGCAGACAACAACAAGGUUAUUAAAUUUUGUGAUUUAGGUUCUACAACUGUCACUAGUGUUGCAUGGCAUCCAAAAGGCCAUCAACUUUCUCUUGGCACAUCUGCUGGAUAGGUCUAAGUCUGGGAUGCGAACAGCUUAAAAAUGUUAAGAUCCUACAAUGAUCAUAUUGUUAGAGUUGGUUCUCUUUCAUGGUCAACGUCUCUUUUAGCAUGUGGUUCAAGAGAUAAAACAAUAUCUCUUAGAGACUAAAGAGAUGAUAAUUCAAUAGUAAGAACAUUUAAAGAACAUAAAUAAGAAGUCUGUGGACUGAAAUGGAGUUUCGACGAGCAAUACCUAGCUUCUGGUGGAAAUGAUAAUAAAUUAUUUGUUUGGAAUAAUCACUCUACUAUUCCCAUUUGUAAAUUUACUUAGCACACAGCUGCAGUGAAGGCAAUAGCAUGGUCUCCACACUAGCAUGGUUUACUUGCUUCUGGUGGUGGUACUCAAGAUAGAUGCAUAAGAUUCUGGAAUACAUAAACAAGCACAAUGCUCGAUUAUAUAGACACUUAAUCAUAAGUUUGUAAUUUAAUGUUUGGCAAAACAGAAAAUGAAAUUGUGAGCACCCAUGGAUAUUCGCUUAACUAAAUAGUUGUUUGGAAAUAUCCUUCCUUACAAAAAAUUGCAGAGCUUACUGGACACACAUCUAGAGUACUUUUCUUGGCAAUGAGUCCCGAUGGCUAAACAAUAGUGACAGGAGCUGGAGAUGAAACUCUGAGAUUUUGGAAGGUUUUCCCUUCAGUAAAUGAUGGUUACAAACCCCCAAGUGUAUUAGUAAAUGAUAUUAGAGAUCUAAGAUGA